ACCUUAAUACCAAAUCAUAGAUUGAUCACACAAGUGAGAGCAUAGUUGUAAUAAUCAACAAAAGUUUCUAGAAUAUUAAGAUGGCAAAUCCUAAGGUUUUCUUUGAUCUUACCAUCGGAGGUCAACCGGCCGGCCGUGUGGUAAUGGAAUUAUUCGCCGAUACAACUCCUAAAACGGCAGAAAAUUUCCGAGCACUCUGUACCGGAGAGAAAGGUGUCGGAAAGUCCGGCAAGCCUUUACACUAUAAAGGAUCAACUUUCCACCGUGUGAUCCCAGGAUUCAUGUGUCAAGGAGGUGAUUUCACAGCCGGUAAUGGUACCGGCGGUGAAUCAAUCUACGGCGCUAAAUUCGCCGAUGAGAAUUUCAUCAAAAAGCAUACCGGACCUGGAAUUCUCUCCAUGGCUAAUGCUGGACCUGGAACCAACGGAUCGCAGUUCUUCAUCUGUACGGCGAAAACUGAGUGGCUCGAUGGAAAACACGUGGUGUUUGGCCAAGUUGUUGAAGGACUGGAUGUGAUUAAGCAAGCUGAAGCCGUUGGAUCGAGCUCUGGUAGGUGCUCGAAGCCAGUUGUGAUCGCUGACUGUGGUCAACUCUAAUUUAGUUAGUUAUGUGAUCCCAGUGUACUGAUCUGUUUGGCAUUAUGUCGCUAGUUUUAUUUUACUUUUUUCUUGGUAGGUUUACUUAAGGGUCGGGUUUUGGCUUCCUGUGUCGGGUAUCUGUUGUAAUUGGUGGGUUUUGCUACUACUGCCAGUGGAUGUUGGAUUGAAAUAAGAUAAAGAGUUCUCCGUUAA